CUCUCACCCCGCCACACGUCCCCAGAAAGAUACCCCCCAGCACGCGCCCGCGCCGCGCCGCCGCACCAGCACGCGCGGCCAUCUUCCCCCCAACAAUUCAAGGCGGCGCCGAAGCUUCAAGGACCUUCCGAGAGGGGCCGCGAGGCGGGGGCGGGCGCGGGAUGUGGGGGCGGCACUACUGGGGCGGCGGCCGGCGGCCGAGCGGCGAAGGGGGAGGGGACACCGCCGCCGGCGUGGUGGUGAUGUUCGCGUGGCUGUCUAGCCAGGAGCGGCACGUGCGGGCGUACGUGGAGCUCUACGCGGCGCGCGGGUGGGCGUGCCUCGUCUGCCACUCCGAGUUCCUCACCCUGUUUUUCCCCGACAAGGCUGCGAUGCUUGCCGACAGGGUGCUUGGGGAGCUUGUCAAGGAGCUGAAGAUCAGACCUGUACCUGUUGUGUUCGCAUCGUUUUCGGGAGGGCCAAAGGGUUGCACAUACAAGGUUCUUCAGCUGAUAGAGCAGAGAUGUAAAGGGCAACUAAGUAUGGAUGAGUAUCAGCUUGUACGGGAUUGUCUAUGUGGGCAAAUGUACGACUCAAGUCCUGUGGAUUUUGUCAGUGAUUUAGGCACUAGGUUUCUCCUUGACCCAAGUGUUCUGAAGAUGUCUGAACCUCCGCGUGUUUUGUCAUGGAUGGCUAAAGGUGUUGCCUCAGGUCUUGACACUCUUUUCAUAAACAAAUUUGAAGAACAACGUAAAGAUUAUUGGGAAACACUAUACUCAUCAGUGCAUGUUGGGCCAAUACUGAUACUCUGUUCGGAGGAUGAUCAACUUGCUCCAUUUUCGGUUGUUGAAAAUUUUGGCCACCGUCUACUGGAGCUUGGUGGUGAUGUGAACCUAGUUAAAUGGCACAGUUCUCCUCAUGUAGGCCACUAUAAGUAUCACCCUGAGGAAUACCGAGCUGCGGUGACCGAGCUACUCAUGAAAGCAUCGGCGCUUUACAUGAGCAGACGACAACUUAAGGGAUAUGAAGUGGGCACAAGUGAACACGGUGACAUGCCUCCAUCCAUCUCCAAUCACCAAAGAACUGCCGCAAGCUCUAGCGACAGGCUAAGACGAGCACAGAUCGAUCCAACCGAUCAGUUCUUCCUACCUAGCUCCAUGGAGUACCAUGAAAGCAGUGAGGGACCGAAGCCAGAGCUCUUCAACAUGCCAAGUGUGGAGAGCUUGAGCCUGAAUGGGGUCCUGGGGCAGGUGCUGUAUGAUGUAUGCGUCCCAAAGAACGUAGAAGGCUGGGACCUCAAGCCUUCUGCUUCAAGCCACAUGCGUACGGUUGCACGUCGACAUGGCAGCUUCAAUCCGAUGAAGUGCGUGCGGCGCUCGAGGUUGUGAAAGUUUUGACCAGAGCAGGUGGAUGCACAUAGUUUAACUUGUGUAUACUACGAAGAGAAUCUUGUUUGGUGGAUUAUGGUGAGCUGAGAUAGUCACCACCCAGCGAAUAUAAUGGGAAAUUAGAUUUUGCACAUUUGCCAAUAACAUAGUGUAUUGUUGCUGAAGGGAAUUAUACACGUUUAUAUAUGAUUUGGCCACUUAUUUUCAAUAAUGAAA